CAACACUCAGACUAAACUCAGUGAGCUUCACAGAAACUGUAUAAUAUAAAACUUGUGCAUAACAAACUCAACUUAUUUCAAUUACAUUGCUUGGUUCUUUUUUUGUAACACCAAUUGUUAAAACAAACCGUUUAGCCGGAUAUGGUUGUAGCUGUUAAAGUAUUCAAAAAAACAACACCAAAUGGUAAAGUCACCAUCUACUUGGGCAAACGUGAUUUCAUUGAUCAUUUAGAUCAUUGCGAUCCCGUUGACGGGAUUGUAGUAGUCGAUAAUGAUUACUUAAAGGGGCGCAAGGUAUAUGGUCAGUUAGUGACCACAUACCGAUAUGGACGAGAAGAAGAUGAAGUUAUGGGGGUCAAAUUCAGCAAAGAGAUGGUUUUGGCCCGGGAACAAAUUGUUCCAUUGAAGAAACAAAAGAUGGAAUUGACCCCCAUCCAAGAACGUUUGUUGAAAAAAAUUGGUGCUACCGCUUAUCCAUUUACCUUCUACUUCCCAGAAAUGGCACCAUCCUCAAUCACCCUCCAAGCUGGUGGGGAUGAUAAUGGAAAACCACUUGGAGUGGAAUAUGCCAUUAAAGUUUACGUGGGAGAGAACGAAGAUGACAAGGGGCAUAAACGUAGUUCCCUCAAUCUAAUUAUCAAAAAGUUGCAAUACGCACCACCAUCUCGUGGACGUCGCCUUCCAAGUGCAUUAGUUAGUAAAGGAUUCACAUUUAGCUCAGGAAAAAUUAAUUUGGAAGCCACUUUAGAUAAAGAAAUUUAUUAUCAUGGCGAAAAAAUAGCUGCUAAUGUGAUAAUCACUAACAAUUCACGAAAAUCUGUUCGUAAUUUGAAAUUGUACGUUGUACAACAUUGCGAAGUGACAAUGGUCAACGCGCAAUUCUCUAAGUACAUUGCGAGCUUAGAAACACGUGAAGGAUGUCCAAUUACACCAGGAGCAUCAUUCAGCAAAGUUUUUUAUGUAACUCCAUCACUAGCUAGCAACAAAGAACGUAGCGGAGUUGCACUUGACGGAUUCCUUAAAGAGGACGAUGUGAACUUAGCUAGCUCCACUUUAGUAGCCGAAGGCAAGUGUCCAGCUGAGGCUAUGGGUAUCGUUAUUUCAUACUCUGUACGUGUGAAAGCUAAUUGCGGUACUUUGGGUGGUGAAUUAGUCACAGAUGUGCCUUUCAAACUAUUGCAUCCAGCACCUGGCUCUAUUGAACGUGAGAAGGCUAAUGCUUUGAAAAAACAAAAAACAAUUGAUCGUAUCCGCUACGAAAACAAUUGCUAUGCAACUGACGAUGACGAAAAUAUUGUUUUCGAAGAUUUCGCUCGACUUCGUCUCAACGAACCAGAGUAAACAAAUGGACCUGACGGACCAUUGAAAAAAAAAAUGAAAAAAAUACAAAAAAAUUAGAAAAAAAAAAUCUUAGAAAAAUCACAAAAAAAAUAUGCGUAACCAAGAAAGUAAUUGAAAUAAGAAUGAGUUUGUCACCAUAAAUAAUGAAUUUAUAAAUAUUUCUAAAACGUGUAAGGGGUGGAUUUUUGGAUUCUGUAGAAAACAUUUUUGGAAGUAUUUAUUUAUUUUCCAGAA